CCUCUGCUCCAUUUCUCUUAUCUUUCUCUAUGUUCGCAAUGCACCUCUAAAUGGCCCUCCAGUCUUGUACGCACGAUGGUUUUAUUAGGAUGUCGUGCUCGGUCUACACAUUAUCAUUAUCACUAUUAUCGCGCUUUGUUGUAUUUAGGAACAGGCUGCCUCAAGUAAUCGAUAUAAGUCGGUCUUGUCGUAACCCGAGCAGGGCUGGCUAACCCCGCGACCCUGUUUUUAGCACAGCACGCCAAGCUCCGUACAUACCUCACAAGACAAGCCAUUGGCUGUAGCAGUGCUAACUAGGAGAACUGCUGGCUUUUCAACCAUCUGUCCACCGUUAAAAACCGCCUUAGGCAUAGAGCCCGCCUGUGUAUACGCCUACCUGUGAGCUCAUCUCGCUGUGCCGCUCGACGGUGGAGCAAGUGAUUCUGUCACUCCUUCAGCCAUGAAUGACUCGAUGUCGGGUUCUACUGUUCUACCUUCUACAGGCUACGGCCUUACAGAGGUCAUAGAUAACUCGACGAAUGCAACCGGCUCGAUCCCACCCAUGCAUUACUAUCCCAUCGAAGUCAAAAUCGCCAUGCGUACAAUCCAGGGCCUGACCGCUAUCAUCGGUACCUUAGGUAACCUGCUGGUAUGUGUAGUGAUCCUCACUCGGAAUACCCGCUCCUCCAUUCGGCUAUAUCUGCUAAGUCUGGCAGUAGCCGACCUUGGAAUUCUUCUUGUGAUCUUCCCCGCACUUGUAGUCCGAAUGGAGCCCAUACCCUGGCCAUUUGGAGUGUUCGGAUGUACUUAUGUUGUGGGGAUUUCGGAGAUGUUCUACCCGGCGUCAAUAUGGACCAUGACACUCAUUGCGUUAUCGCGCUAUGUGAAUAUCACCGCAACGACGCAAGUGGCGCCGCUAGGUCAUACCGAGCGCACGUUUCGUAAUAAGCGCACGCACAUCUCACUCGCGUGCUUGUGGGUCGCUUCAUUCCUAUCCUCCAGUGUCCCACUUUUCGUCAUGUUGGAGUAUGAUCCUGUGCGCAAGAUUUGCAUUACAAAGUGGCCGAAACAAAAUACGUUCAUGUACAUGCAACUUUACCUACUCACCUUAACUUUGAUCUACUAUUUCAUCCCACUAGCUGUAAUAUGCGCUACGUAUUGGGGCAUACGACAAAGGCUUAACCGAAGCAUUCGCUUCCACCGCACAAUUCACACGGUGGGAAGCUCACAAAAUGCUAUGCAACUCCAUAGCAUCAAAGCCAAGAAGAUAUUAACUCCGCUGGUUCUGGCUUUUGCUAGUCUUAUGUUGCCUAUAACUAUCGCUCGCCUUCUGCUGAUUUACAGCCCGAACAUUUAUCGCUACCGGUACUUCCAAGUCAUGUACGACGUCUUCCUCUUCUGCAUUCUCCUCAACAGCGCUAUCGACCCGCUCAUUUAUUACAUCGUCAACUCGGACUUUCGCAAGGGGAUCCAGGAGAUCAUUUACAGGUGCCGAGGACACGAGCACGCUCACGAGCCGGCUACGAACACCAUCGUGAUGAGUAGACAAUAUCUAGAUUCAGAAACGCCGCUAAACAUCAAAAAACAUCAAAAGUCACCCGAUACGAGCAAGACCGUUCCUAAUACGAAACAGAAUGAUCUAGGCAACCCCGUGUUGAUGUAUGGUGCCGUGAUGGAGCCUAGUGGGUAUUCGCGCUUAGUUGUAUCUACCGUCCUCUUGCUCUUCGUUGUAGCCGGCAACAGCCUGGUGAUCGCCGCGUACAAAGUUAACCCAAGACUGCGGACGGCCACCUUUACUCUCCUUCUCAGCUUGGCGGUGAGCGACCUGAUGGUGGGAACAGUCUCUCUUCCAUUGUGGAUCUACUGCGGCACGGUCAUGAAAUGGCAAGUAAGCUACUCAUUACGCGUGUUCUACUUAGCCUUUGACAUCUUCACUGCGUUAGCAUCUGUGCUCCAGCUGACCCUCAUUUCCUUAGAGCGUUUUGUGGCUAUUUCUCGCCCCUUUUUCUUCAAGACGCUUCGCCCGCAGGUGUACAUAUCUUCCAUCGUAUCGGUGUGGGUUCUGUCUGCUGUUUUGGCGGGAUUAUACCCGCUUGUAUACAGACAAUCCGACAAAGUAUAUCUCAAGGCGUAUACUCUUUCGUUCAUUUUCGCAUUUUUCGUGUUUCCGAUGAUCGUUGUUACGGUCAUGAAUGUAGCCAUUUUCGGUAUCGUGAAGACAUUAACGCACCGCGCUCCGCAUGUCAGCUGCAACGCUGCAAGUGACUCAGGACAGAGCGUGCGUAAAGAGCGAAGGACUGCGCUCACGCUUGCAGUGGUGACGGCCCUAUUUUACGCGGCAUGGUUACCGUUCUUUGUUGUUACUGUUCUUGCGAUGUUUUGCAGCAAAUCGUGCCUUCCUACCGAUAGUAGCGAUGCGCUAUUUCUGAUGGAAUUUAUCAAAUGGCUUCAGUACAGUCAAAGUAUGUUCAACCCGCUCGUGUACACAUUCCGUGACCGCGAGAUUCGCCGUACCUUUCUCAGAAUCAUCUUGUGGUGUCAGAGAGGCCGAGUAUUUCCCGAGCUUCCAUCGACUAAUGUUCAGCCGCCGAGUCUUCCGACGCCUUCCCGAGGUCCGCUGGUGCUAAACACGCUAAGAAUACCAUCAUUGGUGGACGAGCAAUCACAUACACCUUCCACUGCCGUCACUGAACACGAGGGGGCGAUGAGAAAUCGAGCGCUCUCAGACACGGACUAUGACGAGGCGAUGAUAGACCGUGUGCACUCCGACACAGGCUUUGACAAAGCGAUGAUGCGCCGAGGGCUCUCCGACACUGAAUAUGAAGAGGCGAUAAUCGACCGAGUGCACUCUUUAACUGAUUCUGACAAUGCAAUGAUCGACCGAAUGCACUCUCAUACAGACUCUGACAAUGCAAUCAUAAACUUAGUGGAUUCCGAAGUGUACACUGUCCCGGUGAUGAUGAUACGCCGAGUACUCUCCGACGCGGAUUACCAGGAAGCCACGAAGUGCAGUCAUACACUGACUUCGAGGAGAGAAAUAGAAGCAGAGAACUUUCAGUAACUGUCUUGGAAAUACGAGGAGGGAGUAUGUACCCCAGACAGAAAAAAGAAAAGAAAUGUAAGCAGUCAAAGACUUUCGAGAAAAGAACAAUUGCUUUCGGUGUUCUGACAAUAAGAUGACGUCGGCCAAAUAGUGCAAUUCGUCACUGACUUCGAAAGGGGAGGGGACAGGCAGCUAUAAGUGCCGUCUGACACUGACUUUGAGGGGGCGAGAAAAGGCCGAAUGCAGUCCGACACUGACUAGGGGGUGAGGAAAGGCCGAGUGACUUCCGACAAUGACUUCAAGGGAGCGAUGAAAGGCCGAGCGCCGUCCGACACUGACUUAUAGGGGGCGAGGAAAGGCCGAGUGCCUUCCGAUACAGACUUAACGGGGGCGGGGGAAGGUAGAGUGCCAUCCGACAAUGACUUAUAAGGGGCGAUGAAGAGCUGAUUGCCAUCCGACAAUGACUUAUAGGGGGCGAUGAAAGGCCGAGUGCCUUCCGACACUGACUUAAAGGGGGCGAAGAAAGAACGAGUGCUGUCCGACACUGACUUUGAGGUAGGGAGAAAAGCCCUCACUUCUCCCACCGGAGGAGCGACGAGUAAUUGACCAGAAAUAGGUUAGAAAUACGUGUGUGACACGACUGUGUAAAUGACUGCUGAUAGCUUGGCCAUAAGGGUAUCUGUGUGAAAGUGUAUCAUUUGCAUGCAAGGCAAAUCGCCAAAGGAACAUGUUUGCAGACCACUGUUAUCACCUAGUUACCUGAAAGCACUUGGAGUUUCUAAAGUAAUCAUUAGCGCAUGUAUUAUCAUGGAGACUGUGAUACGCGAAUAGAUAUUAGCCCAUGCGUUUACGCACGUAGAAAAGACUGAAAGCGUUUGUUUCGCGAUCGUCAUGCAGACUUUUUUCCUUUCAGCAAAAAAAACUCAGCUCUAUUUGGAGAGUAAAUGGAACGCUUGGAGUAAUCUUCACUUGUUGCACUCAACAAACGUCAUGUCACGGAGUUUUUGAGAAUGGAGGAUGCAAUCACAGAUGACAAAGUCUCGACUUUCUUUGAGUGGCUUAUUGUUGUCAUGAAGGACUUAGAGGCCUCAACUUGUCAUUCGAUCACAAAUUUAUGAAAGUAUGACUUCUUCAUUUAAGUGGUUGUUAUUAGACUGCACGUUUUUUUUAUGAUUGGAACAAUUUCACCAGAGGGCGUCGUUAAAUUUUUGUUUUCAUUUUCUACAGAACUGUCGAUAUCCACAGCCUAUAAGCCAUGGAGAGAUCAUUUUCCGAGAUUUCCGUACAAAUAGCGGUUUUGUGCGAGAAAGGCCGGGAUUUAGUUCAGGGAAAGUAUUGCAGUCUACACAAUAGUUCUUUUUAACCAUGGGGAAAAAACUCUAUAAAAUACUAUUCGCUCUUAUUACCAGAUUACUGGAUCCUCGUAAGUUAAGGUGAGCUAAGCCGCCAUAUUGAAAAUUACCCAGAAGACCCUGGGGACCUGCGAAGGCAUUCAUGUUAUUUUCUCAAAGGACAUUUGUUAUACGCAUAGGAAGGUCUAGGCUCGGUUUCCAGCCGUGGUGGUUUCAGUGCGCCCGCGGUCCUUCCCCAUUCCACGGCUGGGCGCAGGGUACGAGGCUUUGUCUGGAUUAGCCAAUCAGAAACUUACCACUCGAAAGUCCGUCGGUUAAUACAUUAGCAUAAUUAUCACAACAAGAGUUCAAAAUGGCGGCCGGUGCGGAGGGUUCGAGAGAGUGUUCAACUCAGCGUUUGAAAAGUUCAGUUACGAAGACUGUAGGCCCAAACAAAAGCUUGCCGAUUUCUGGUAAAAAUAAAGCAACCAUUAAUACUAAAAAAAAUAACAACCAACUACAAUUGUUUUUUUAACAAUUUCACUUUAUUUGAAACAUUUGUUUUUUCGCGCCGUCAACAAACUUACGCGCACGCGCCUCUGAAUUGGCGGGAAAACCCCCGGUGAGGCCACACAUCACGCAUAAUUAUCACAGCUACGAUGUGACGUCAGCACGGACAUGGUGCCUCGAACGUGCGCUAGCCGUCAGUGGAGUAGCAGAGCACGACGUAACCACGGCUGGAAACCGAGCCUAAGGAAGGCCAGGCACGUGGGGGGUGGGGAAGGGGCGCACACAUUCCUCUGAAGCAAGCCUUGUAAGAGGGUACUAAUUUUACGAGCAGAGAUUGGAGUUUGCUACGUUUCCCUGGUCGCCUUCUUGAAAGAAAGGCCUGGGUCGCUUGCCCCAUUUUGAAAAAAAAAAGUUACGUUUUGGACACAAACCCCGGGUAUCAUCUUCAUUAGCAAUGCUUACAGACUAACCAACACUCGCGAUUGUAAACUGCGUGGGGAAGUCCGUUACAUACAACAGUCAGUUACAUGUGACUAUUCACAUGUAACUUUUAUAAAAAAAAACAGCAUUCAUAUUUACUAAAUCAAUCUUGCCAAAAUAAUCCAAAAACAGACACAAGCAGGGCAUUUAUACCAACUAGUUGUCUUUUAAUGCCAACAACUUUCAAUGAAUUUCAGGCACAUUAUUAUAUAUUGUUCAACUGCAAAAAUAAACAAAAUUCAGAAUUUACAAUAAGAAAUUGCGUCUGCUUGUAAAGAAAAUUUCAUACAAAAAAACUCUGCUGUAAGAUUAGCACUACAAUCGGUAAUUAAUAAAUAUGUCAUUGUUCCUGUACUAAAACUGUAAUAUAUUAUCUAUGUUUAUAAGGGGGCAUCUCAUAUUCUUUAUUGAGUAAUCCCAUAUUCUUCAUAUUACCAAUUGCAUAAGACUAUAAAAACUUGUUAUAUUU